AUGAGCAAAGAAAAAAGCUUGGAAGAUAUGGAGAUCAAAGUUGUUGAAGAUCAUCAAAGAGAUACUACUAAAGAAGAGAUCGAAAAGCCACUCCUAGAAGCAAACAAAGACUUUCCGGAUAUAGAAAGAACAACAUGGAUACAAAAGGCAAUAGGUCAGACGUUUCAAACCACAGCUCAUUUAGCCAAUCUCUUACCCACAGGAACGGUUCUUGCGUUUCAGCUCUUAUCCCCAAUUUUCUCAAACGGCGGUCAAUGCGAUUUAGCUAGCAAGAUCAUGACAUCGAUUCUAGUGGCCAUAUGUGGAUUCUCUUGUUUCAUACUUAGCUUCACGGAUUCUUACAAAGACAAUAACGGUACUAUUUGCUACGGAUUCGCAACAAUGCACGGGUUUUGGAUCAUCGAUGGAUCCGCGACGCUUCCUCAAGAGUUAUCUAAAAAAUAUAAACUAAGGUUUAUAGAUUUUGCUCAUGCUUUCAUGUCGUUAUUGGUGUUUGGUGCGGUGGUUUUAUUCGAUCGCAAUGCGGUGAAUUGUUUUUUUCCGGCACCGUCGGCGGAAGCGUUGGAGGUUCUUACGGCGUUGCCGGUAGGCGUAGGUGUGUUUUGUAGUAUGUUGUUUGCAACAUUUCCUACAACACGCAAUGGUAUUGGCUUUCCACUUUCUGCUAAAUGA